AUGACUUUGCUUGCCGUCCUGCAGUUCAGAGAAGAAGAUGCGCUCUAUCCACUCUUUCCUCCGCCAUGCAGGAUAUAUGACCGCACCACCGAAGCUGCCGACGCAUUAAAUGUAGUAGGUAAGAACACCUGUCUCGGGAACGAAAGGUGUGCUCGGGCUUGCGGGAGCGAGACGACUCUACGUAAGGUUUGUGCGUUAGACAGAGAUAUAGGAUGCGCGCGCAAUGUGUCGGCACGCCCGCCGCGCGUCCCGCUCGCUCGCCAGUCUAGCCGAACCGAAAACGUUAGUCUUUCGCGCGAAGAAGCAGCGCUAGUACGUGCCGCUCUAUGCUUCGACGUGACCGACGCAGUCUCCGUAACCGACGUUCGGAAAAUUGUGCAUGUGCGUUUUCCGAAGAGCAGUGUGUGUGAUUGUGAGAUGUGCUAUUGUUUUCUAGGAUUAACUCAUUCGAAGAGGAUCAUCCAACUCGUAUGAAGAUUCUAGUGCUAAAGCACUGAACAAUAAAUUCGCCGCUAGGUGUAGUAAAUACGUUUCAUUAAGAAAC